AUGUAUUUAACUCGAAAAGUAGCUGAUGGUGAGUCUGAAUUUAUCUAUGAUAAUGUUGCCAUGGAUGACUUGAAGGCGGUUACGAAGCGUCUUAUCGUCCAGGCGAAGAGGCAGGGCUCCGCCGAUAAUAUCUCCAUAAUCGUGGUGUUCCUGAAGGACCCGCGUGACAUUGCCGCAGACAACUGCCCGCCCAUGGAUCUUGGGCUGGACAACGCGAUGAUGAACGUUCCGGCGUUCAACAUCGAAACGGAAGCGUGCAAGCGGCAGGUAGAUGUCGCGGCUGCUGCCACUGACGCCGAAAGUAGCGAGUGCGCAGAGGCCGAAGCGGACGCCGAAGUCGGUGACAAUGGCGUCGAUAACUCAGACUCUGAUAGUGAGGACCUGGGGCCCGAGACCGCAGUUGAUGCAGACGAUAUUGAUGCCGAAGCGAAGAACCACGAGCCACAACCUCCUACACCACCUGCGCAUGCUGUGGAAGAGGGCCACGUCGACGGUGCUCUAGUGGAUAAUGUAGCUGAGAGUGGCGAAGACUCUGAAGACGAGUGGAACUAUUACAAGGGCGAGGGCGAACGCGAGGAACAUAAUCCUAGUGAGGAACACAAUCCGAGUGAGGAGCCCGACGAGCCCCCGCGCUCUGAAACCCCCUGCCAGGAUAAUUCGGCUUGGGAAAGCAGCUCAGUAGAUAUGAACAGUUCUCCACUAAACCCUGAUGCGCCUGUGUUCAUACCAGGCAGCGUAGCAGGUGCUGAUGUCCUGCUUGCAGAGUCACCACGUAAACCUCUGCCUAUGGAUGACAUAGAACUCCCAGAUGUAGCACAGUUUGAGACAGAAGCAGUUGUGAGGCCAGCAGAAUUAUUAGACUUGGAUAACUGUGAUCAGCUUAAUGGCCAUCAUAAUCUAUCAUUAGACGAAGCCGUUAAAGAACACUUGAAUGGCAAUGAUAAGUGUAACAUGGACAGUUUGGGCUUUGGAUUCAAUGUUGGCAUUGAACCUGAUAAAGUCAAGGAUACUGGUCUCAUACAAGACUUCGAAAGAAUACAAAAAGACACAACUGACUUCUGUAACAUACAGGUGUUCCAGACACAUCAAGAAACAAAUCCUUUUGCUAUUGAAGCCAAUGAUGAACUUUUUGAAAGAUUGAAAAAUAAAGAAAGAGAUCCAAUGAGUAUGAGUUUUUAUCAAGAGAAAGAUGACGAUACUUGUGAAAGAAUUGUCAAAAAUGAAUCUAGUGUCGAUCUUAAUGCUGUUCAGCUACUGCCUGACAGUGAUGAUGAAGAGAUACAAGCAAACGGUGUUCACGAUGAUGACAAGGAAAACAUCAGUCCAGAGCAGCAUAGAGAUUUGUUUGAAACAGACAUAGAUAUCCAUGAACCUAAUAACGAUAUUAUCAGAUUUGACGACAGAUCGAGUAGUCUCGUGCAAAAUAUUGAUAACUUUGAUCAGGGUGAUAACUUUGUAGAUUAUAAUGUUACUAGUAGUUCCAAUAAUAUUGAAAGCUAUUCAAAUGUUGAAUUUGAAUCCAAUAUUACCCAAGAAACAGUAUUGCAGACUGAUACCCCUGAAUCUCACAAACUCUUAUUUGAACAAAUACCUGAAAUACCUGAUGGUAAGAGCUCAGAAUUAGGAUUUGCCAAUGAUGAAAUUCAAGACCCAUCAGAGAGCGAGAAGGAAGUUCGACCUUUUACACCUCCAGAUGAAACCUCACAAGACAUUGAAAUGGAAAGUAAAGUAGACGACUCACCAUGUAUUGAGACUGUACCCCAGCUUUGUAUGGAUCCGAGUAAUGAUGAUGAUGAAGCAAUAGAAUCUCCUCAAUUGAUUGAAUCAGAUCAGGUAAUGUCUCCACUGCCUCCUGCUGAUGUUCAAGAUGUUGAUUUUGUUAAUGAGCAAGCUUCAUCUCCAGCACCAAGCACUGGUAAAGAUACUGAACUUGAAGAGUCACCAGAAUCAGCUGUCGAUGAAAAUAUUGUACAGCAAAAUUUCGAUUCGCAAAAUGAAAAUGAAAUUGAUGUUGAUCUAGUAUGUGAGAUUAAUGUGAACGAAUUUGAAGCAGUUCUUGAGACUCCUUCAAUAAAACUUGAUGUUGAACACGUAACAGAAGCAACAGAACCUGUUGAUGACGUCGAAGAUGAGCAAGUAGCAGAAUCUCCUGUGCCAAUAAAAUCACCCCUUUUGCCGGAGGAUAAUGUGCCUGGCGAAUCUCCAUUACCGAAGGAAUCACCACUACCUGUUGAGUCUCCUUUGCCAAAUGAGUCACAACUACCAGUAGACGAUUUAUUGCUUCGGGAUUCGCCAUUGCCGGCUGAGUUGUCUUUACCUAGUGAAUCCCCGCUACCCGAAGAGUCACCGCAACAGGCUGAGAUCAUACCAGAAGCUGCAUCUCCUUUACACACAGAUUUAUCUAUUCCUAGUGAAGGCCUUCCAACUGCAGAUUCGAUGCUACCUGUUCAAGAAGAAGUAUGUGCAGAGGCUCUAUUAGAUAAUGAGACAUCAGUGCCGGCCGAGUCACCUGUACCUAUUCAGGUCACAUUAUCACCUGCUCCAGAAGAGUCCCAGCAACUUCGUGACUCUCCGCUUCCGAUUGAAUCUCCAAAGCCGACAGAAGAAUCGUUACCAAGACAAUCGCCGUUGCCUACGGAAUCACCCUUGCCAGAUGCAACACUAUCAAGACAGUCCCCAGUGCCCACAGAAUCCCCUUUGCCUAUCCAGCAGACACAGUUGCCGGUGUCUGCAGAAUCCCUUUUGCCGGAUGAGUCUCUGGUGCCCUCAGAAUCACCUUUACCCAUAGAUACAUCGCUUACGAGACAGUCUCCAAUUCCGACAGAAUCUCCAGAACCAACGGAACUUCAAGAGUCAGCGCUUACAGAAGACCAGACGUCGGAAUCACCCAUACCAACGGAACCUCAGAUUUCAAAAGAAUCAUUACUACCAAUCGCAUUGCCGCUACCUGAUCUAGCAGAACCGACUGAACAGCAACACGACGUUCAUACACCUGUACCGGAAGUAUGUCCAGAACCACAGUUAACUUCACCCACACCUGCUGACGUUGCCGCACCUAGCGACAGUCCCGCACCACCUGCCGUUUCACCUUUACCUGUUGAUGUACCACUGCCCGGAGAAUCGCCUUUACCUGCAGAUGAACCUGCAGUACCAGAACCUGCUCCCCAAACAGAACUCACUGAUCCUGAACUGAUUGCGAUACGUUCCCCCACACCAACAGAACGACCGUCCGCCGCCACUCCUGAAUGCGCUUCGCUGUCAACGGAAAUCGAGGCUCGACUUACGCCCGACGUGUCCGCCGAUCGAGUAUCAUCACCCACGGUCGCGGUCGCACCUGCACCUGACCUCCUACCCGACGAGCCCGUUCAGCAGUCCCGCAUGGAGCUCGUGACUGACGUCGAUAUCGGUAUUCCGGAAUCGCGGGCACAGGAAAUCUGUGUGCCGGUCACCAAUGAGAUUCAACUCGAAGAAGUCGUGCAACCGCCGGUCGCGACCACUCCACCUCCGACUCCCGCGGUAGAGCCAGCCGUGCUCGCCCCCGAAGCCGCAGCGCUCAACGAAACGCCCAUCGCGGCCGAUGCGUCUCAGGGUGUCGACCUCGCAAGCGCGGCAGCGAUAGCGGCUGGCGUGGCAGCCGUCGGUGCAGCGGCGGGAGCGGCAACCGUCGCAGCCAAGGCUAAGCUCACGACCGCUACCAAAAAGUCACCGACGACCCCGAUCGGGAAGACGGAGGUGAGGACACCGAAAUCUGUUCCUAAAACGACAACAUCUGCGCGCACUCCCACCGCCGCCGCGGCUAAGAAACCCGCGUCCGCGGCGACCACACCUCGCACGCCUACCGCCGCUAAGGCGUCCACGCCCGCAAGUAAAGCUUCCUCGGCGACCACGCGAACGACGCCGGCCGCUCGCACACCUACCGCCUCGAAACCGUCGAUUCCGGCCGCGAAGACCUCUACGUCCGCCUCCAAAACGACCGCAACGACGAAACCGGCGGCACCGGCGCGCGCUCCCUCGAACGCUCGUCCUCAACCGGCGAAGCCCAACGGCGUCGCCGCGAGACCAGUCCGCGAGGCUCCAGUCGCGGCGCGCUCCGCACCGGCCAGCGCUCGCGCGGCUCCAGCGGCACGCGCGGCUCCCAAGCCGAGCGCUCCCGCAGCUCGGCCCUCGGCCCUCAAGAGCGAUGUAGCGCCGAAGCCCUUGGCCGCGCGCCCCGCCCCGCGGCCUGCGCCCGCCGCGGCUCGGCCCCAGCCGAAGCCAGCGGAGCGGAAGCCUUUGCCCAACGGCGACGCUAAGGACGCGAAGGCACCUUCGAGGUUGGCGCCCAAAUCCGCGCCUGCGUCCCGCCCCGCCCCGCGGCCCACGCCCCGCGCGCCCGCCCCGGUCUCGGCCGCUACGAAGCCGAGCGCCCCAAAGCCAUUGCCCCGAGCAGCGCCCCUGGACAAACAAAGUAAAGACCUCGCCAACAAACGUAUCACAGCCAAGGCCGCCCCGCCCAGGACUGCCCCCUCCAAGACGGCAGCCCUCAGCGUGAAGAAGGCCGUCCCCAAGAGGCCGCUGGAGGCCGUGAAGAAGGAGGGUGCGUUGAACGGACUGGCCAACGGCGACGCGGCGCUCAAGCCCCCGCCGAGCCCGCCGCCCGCCGACAACGCGCUGCUGCCCGACGUCAUCGCGUAG